AUGUCAUUUCUACAAUGUGCUAAAGGUUCUCCUGAUUAUAAAAGCUAUGCUUUUCAAAUUUCAGUUUCAAAAUGCGGAGAAAGUGAAUCCGAAGGAAGUGAAACACUUAGAAUUGCAUUUGGUGAUCUACGUUUUGAGAAUAACAAUAUCAGUUACAACAAAUGCGGUUACACUUCAUCAAUAUUGAGUUACCUUGAUGGAAAAUCAGGUACAUGUAAUUUCUCAACAUUCAGAGAAAACAGCCAAACUACAGGUUUGUCUCUUAUAUUUUAUAGUAAUUCAGAAAUACAAACAGUUUCUUAUUGCAAUGUUAUUGGAAAUAAAUGCAGAACUUACAAUGAUGCUUCUCUAUUUUAUUGUUGGCACAAUACUAAUGUUGAUCACUGUGUUUUUUUAAAUAACACUGCAGCAAAUAUGUUUCGUAUUUUGAGAGAAGAUUGCACACUUACUAUUACUGAUUCAUAUGUUCAAUCAAAGUCAACAGCAAGUAUUGGAUCAGGAACUGUUACAUUUAAAAAAGAAAAAAGAAAUUCUGAUCUAAAUCAACUUUCACAUUUUUAUACAGAAAAUUGUUUCAUAGAACAAAAUCAAAUCAGUUUUAUAUUACCUUAUUUAUCUAAAUUUUCAGGAAAAGCAUCAACCAAUUUUUAA